GCAGACAGAGGGAGGUGGGUAAGUGGCAGUGGAGGGGGCCGUGUUUUGAACAAUAACUUAGAGACUUUAUUAAGCCAGCUAAAGACCAGCAGCACGCUUCUCCUGCAGGCUCGCGGUGUUUGCGAAGAGAGGUCCUCUGUUGCCUGGCGUUGUUACUUGCGAAGAGAGCGGCCCAAUGCUGCCGAGCGGAGCCAGGCCCCGCGGAGAGUUCAUUACAUUGUUUUUAUCAGCAGCGCCACUUAAACGGCUAAUGAGGCGCGUGUAAUCGGUGACAGUCGCUGCUCCUGCGUAUUAAAGUAAAAAGAAGCAGCAGAGUUUUCUCCUCGGCUGCUUAGAUUUGUGAGCCGUGUUUUCAGGAGCACGGCGCGUAAACGUUAGCUGACUGAAUACCAGCUUAGCUAACGACAUUAAAAAUAAUGACUUCCAGGAGGACAGGCUAUGCUGGAAGCAUGGACUCCUCCUCUCCGUCAAACAGCGGCAGCGGCAGCUCAGUGCACGGUGGAAAUCGCAAACAAAGCACGGUCAGCAUUCCCGACAGGAUCGAGUCUUGCUACGAUCGCAAAGCGGACAAGGGUGGAUACGGAGCCUCGCAGGGCAGCGUGACUGUAACGUCGCUCAAAUCGCGUCUGGCCCCGACCAUUCAAACCGCCAUGUCCGCAGCAGUGGACACUCUGCUCGGCGAAGUUGUGCUGGUGCUCAAUGAGACUCAGCAGGAGUUGUUGCAUAAGGAGCAGGAGAAUGAAAGGCUCAAAGUGCGCCUGGAAGUGUCCGAAAGGGAGCUGAAGACCCUACAGGAGUGUCUGUGCAGUGCUCAGAAGCUCAUAGAUCAGCUGCAGGUGUCGUACACGGGCCCCCAGUCAAUCAGUCAGUCAGUGUUUGGUCCAUCGCUGUCAUCCAUGGCUGCGAUGACUUUGGACAGGGACCACCAGAACACCAGAAAUGUGAACGGGGCAGGUGUUGACUUGGGUCUUGGUGGCUCUGUGGAUGAGUCGCUCCACGGGUUUGAACCAAGAGAUGAAUACAAAAUGUGCCAGCUUUCAAUUCAACCAGAUGGGUCUGUGACCAACCACCCUCUGGACUCUUUUGCAUCCAACACAUCUCAUAUGUGCUCUGAUUCCAGCAGACCAGAUGAGAGGCAGUCUCAAGCACCUGGUGGAGCACCCAGAUUUGAGAUCAAAGAGGAGCAGGGACCAGGUUCAGGCUCUGCUCAGCCCAGCAGGAAGGACAAUAUAGCGGGGGAUGGAGAACGAACAUCACAUAACGUGGGGGAUCUUGGCUAUGGUCAAGUUGGAGGAGAGGCAAGUUCCCAGCGUUCUUUUUCUCACCCACUACGUCACCAAAGACCCAUGCGAGAAUGCAGCAGUGCCUUGCAGGGCGGACUUGAUGGACAGAAACAGUUAGCUAGGACUCCUGGAGCAGGGAGAGGUGACAGCGUUUCACCAGGCGGAGCAGAGGACUCUGCAGGACCUUCAGCCCCCGACACAGCAGUGGUUGAGCCCCCUGGAGAUCGGCCUCACCAUUGCUUGGAGUGCGGAAAGACCUUCCGUUUGAUAUCCAGCCUGAAGAAGCACAUCCGCAUCCACACAGGUGAGAAGCCCUACCCGUGUGGAGUCUGCGGCCGUCGAUUCCGUGAGUCAGGGGCACUUAAAACCCACCUGCGCAUACACACAGGUGAGAAGCCGUACUCUUGCUCUGAGUGCGGAAACUGCUUCCGCCACUUGGAUGGUCUGCGCAAACACCGGCGCACGCACACAGGAGAGAAACCCUACGUGUGUGCCAUCUGUGGGAAGCGGCUGAGUCGCCUGCAGCACCUGAAACACCAUCAGCUUAUCCACACUGGAGAGAGACCGUGCUGCUGCCCUUUCUGCAACCGCAGCUUCAAAGAACCUGCAGCUCUACGGAAACACAUCCGCACACACCGGGAGGAAGGCGGUCACAUGGGAAUUGGUGCCAGUGACGACACCGACCCGGACGCCAUGGACGACAUUAAUAACCUCCAUCCUGCAGCUCCAUCUCCACAGAUGAGGUUUGGAGAGUGGGGAGCUGAGGAGGAUGACAGCUCAGUUGUGGACUGUGUGUAAAAAGCAAGGACUAAUGUGUUUGCAUAGUUUGUCGACACGCUGGACCAUGAGGUCACCAUUCUUCCUUGGUGUUAGGGUGACGAGCCAGGCUACAUAUGUGGAGUUUAGCUUAUCUAAGAUAUCCAUGUUUUACACUUUUAGAUGUGAAAUUUGUCUUAAAAUUACCACAGUAUAUUCAACAGCAACUGUUCUUUUAUACGGAUAUUUAUGAAGCAGAAAAAGUAGUGUACAAAAUGCUCUUGGUGCAGGAAGUUUCUGGAUUGCCCACUUCUGGCAACAACAAGCUAAAAAGGUAAAGGAUAAAGAAGUUCUGGUCAUGAAUUUAUAAAAAGCUUACAAUAAAUGGAAAAUUUAGGCAUAGCUCUCUCAUCCUUAAUGUUGCAGACAAAUGUGCAGACAUUUAACUGCAGUAUAGUUUGUAGGAUUUUUUUUUUUUUGUUGUCUUUUUUUUAUCUUGAUAAAUUGAUCAGAUUUUGGUAUAUAUCCAUCCAUUCUCUUCCGCUUAUCCUUUUCAGGGUCGCGGGGGGGGGCUGGAGCCUAUCCCAGCUGUCAUAGGGCGAGAGGCAGGGUACACCCUGUACAGGUCACCAGCCUGUCACAGGGCUAACACAAACUGACUGACAACCAUUCACACCUAUUGGGAACGUGCUAGUUGCCGAGUGAAUUUAAUGUGGACAUUUUCAUUUCCCUCAACUGAAGUAGCAGAUUAGUCUCAACUUUGCCUAGACAGUGUAAACUGGCAGUUUUAUAGCCACCAAAACUGAAGAUGUCAUGGGAUAUUAACAUCUCCCACCUUUGCUCCCUCCAGUUUUCAUCCUCACGCUGUAUUUUAUGGCAGACGCAUACACACAAGCUGAAAGUUUCAGCGAUCGUGUAUGAAGUUCUGCCCAGUCUGUCAGGUUUGAAAUGCAUCCUUUAUGGACAUGUUACGGUGCAUGAUUUUGGUAUGAUCGGGCAGUCAUUUCAUUUAGGUGUAGUCAUCUGAUUUCCUUCACUGACAGUUUAAAACAUCAGAUGCUUUAUCGCCCUCUGUAGGUGGAUGCAGUAGCAUUUUAUUCUAAAAAUCUGCUGCUUAAAAAAAAAAACAAAAAAAACUUCAGUACAUUUGUUGUUAUAAAAGACUAAUAAACCAAAAGCUAAAGUGUAGUUUCAAGUACAAUGUGCGUGUGUCAUCAUGAAGCAUGAGCUGUUUUUCAAUCAGCUGCCACCCCAUUCUCUCUCCCUCUCUCAUCCUGCUCUGCUCUCUUAUCUCUUCUCCUCACUGUGCAGAGCCCUCAUCAGCCUGCAAUUGUUAUAUUAUCAAACGGAAGUUAUCUGUGUCAAAGACAUCCUGUUUUGAAGGAAUCACUCCGUGCAUUUGUUUGUUUACUAAAUUAUACAGGAUUAGUUGAAGACAAUGAGCUGGCAUCUUUAUGUACACACAUCAGGAGCUUAAACGCUCUCAUUCUCUCUCCUCUCUAAAUACCAUCUCUCUGUGGACCACAAUCUAGCAUUCCUUUUUUUUUCUUUUUUUUUUUUUCUUAUCAUCACGCUGCUACCGUAUGUCUCGAAAGCCUUUGCUUUCCUGGACUUGUGUCAUUGUUACUAGGCAGUUACUAGCAAUUACUGGUAGACAGACUUUGGUGCUUGCAUGUGCAUAUCUGUUUCCUCUGCUGGUAACAAUCCCUCAUGACUGUUUGUGUAUAUAAGAGUGUAGCUUUAGCAUUUUUUUUGCUUUCUUAAGGGUUGUGGUUGAGUUAAUGUGCAACAGUUUGUUUGUUUUUUUUUUAAAGGAAACACAUGAUGUGCUUCAAACAGCAGUAUACUAACAUACAGUGUAAAUGUAUAUAACCCAGUUACAUUUGUUCCUGAUGCUACUUUGCAUCAGGCGUAACAGCCGAGCAUUAAUCUUCUGAGCCUUUUGAGCUAAACUGUCUGGUGUUUAUUUAACAUGUAUACUACUAUAAUGACCUCCAUGUAACUAUUCUGUGUACAUUUACAAAGUGCAAGUCAUCUUAAAAUGACACUACAGGUGUUAAAUAUUUGUCACUGUGUAUACCAAGAUGGUAGUCUCUGACCCCAGAUGAGCAUAUUUAUUGUUUUUUUGUAUUACACAUGUGUGGGGUGGGGGGAGGGGGGCCUUUGCAUGUAGGUUUAACAGAAAUGGCAUUAUUCCCUAAGAAAUCAGUGUUAAAUGUGAAAUGAAUUACUUUAUG